GAGCCGGCGCAGGGCGAUGGGGAGCGGCGUGGCCAGGCGCCCGGGCAGCUGCAAAGUUUGCCACACUUGCGCGCUGCGGUGCCCGGCUGCUGGGCGCCGCUGAGCGGCUGCUGGAGGUGCUUCGGCUUCGUUUCUCCUAUUUGUUUGCGGUUCGCCUAGUAAAUAGAGCUAUUUGCUAGGGCGGCAGCGGGAGCAGCAAACUUGGGACUGUGCAGCGAAGAUCCUGCCGGGGAUUCGGGCCCUAAGCGAGCAGCCUGGGCUUUGCUCUCCAAAGCCAGGGACUCUACCACCCGUCAGCUCGGCAUCCCGCCAUCCCGCCGGCUCCAGAUCGCGGAGUCCUUUGGAGCGUGCGGGUGGGUGUGGAGGAUUGGGGACAGUUCAGCGGCCUUGGGGAGCGCGGGGAGCUCCCCCUCUCUAUGGAGGGAGCGCAGGAUGGUGUGCACCAGGAAGACCAAAACUUUGGUGUCCACCUGCGUGAUCCUGAGCGGCAUGACCAACAUCAUCUGCCUGCUUUACGUGGGUUGGGUCACCAACUAUAUCGCCAGCGUCUAUGUCAGGGUGCAGGAACCGGUGCCGGACAAGAAGCUGGACGAGGACAAAGGGGACACUCUGAGGAUCAUCGAGCGUCUGGACCACCUGGAGAAUGUCAUCAAACAGCAUAUUCAAGAGGCCCCUGCCAAACCAGAGGAGAGUGCUGCAGAGGCCUUCACAGACUCAUCCCUCUUUGCCCACUGGGGCCAGGACCUCAGCCCUGAAAGCAGACGCAUCGCCCUGAAGCAGUUCCAAUACUACGGCUACAAUGCUUACCUCAGUGACCGUUUACCCCUGGAUCGACCCCUGCCUGACCUCCGACCCAAUGGGUGCCGGAAUCUCUCCUUUCCUGAUAGCCUCCCAGAGGUCAGCAUUGUUUUUAUCUUUGUUAAUGAGGCUCUCUCUGUGAUCCUGAGAUCCAUUCACUCUGCUAUUGACCGGACUCCUCCUCAUCUGCUCAAGGAGAUCAUUCUGGUGGAUGAUAAUAGCAGUAAUGGAAGCAGCAGAAUUGCCAGCACUUUUGCCCCUGCCAGUAACUUCAUCCUGGUGCUCCUCCUGAGAACUGGAUCCAAAUAUGCAGAGGCCAACCUACCAUCUGCCCUGGCCAGCCAGAGGGGACCGGCUCAGCAGCUACCUCUCUGCCUUCUUCCCCCCAGGGCAGAACCUGUGCUCACCAGGAUAAAAGAAAACCGCAAGCGAAUCAUAUCUCCAUCCUUCGACAACAUCAAAUAUGAUAAUUUUGAAAUAGAAGAGUAUCCCCUCGCUGCACAGGGCUUUGACUGGGAGCUGUGGUGUCGCUAUUUAAAUCCUCCCAAGUCCUGGUGGAAGCUGGAGAAUUCAACUGCUCCGAUAAGGAGCCCAGCCCUCAUUGGCUGCUUUAUUGUGGACAGGCAAUAUUUCCAGGAGAUCGGCUUAUUGGAUGAAGGAAUGGAGGUCUAUGGAGGAGAAAAUGUGGAGCUGGGUAUCAGGGAUUCUGGAAUCGACAUUGGUGACAUUUCUGCAAGAAAAGCCCUGAGGAAAAAGCUGCAGUGUAAGACAUUCCGGUGGUACCUUGUUAGCGUGUACCCAGAAAUGAGGAUGUACUCAGACAUCAUCGCAUAUGGGGUGCUGCAGAAUUCCCUGAAGAGUGACUUAUGUCUCGAUCAAGGACCAGACACAGAAAAUGUCCCCAUCAUGUACUUGUGCCACGGCAUGACCCCACAGAAUGUGUAUUACACGAGCAGUCAGCAGCUCCAGCUAGGCGUCCUGAGUCCCACCGUUGAUGACGAUGACAACAGGUGCCUGGUGGAUGUGAACAGUCGGCCCCGGCUCAUUGAAUGCAGUUAUGCCAAAGCCAAGAGAAUGAAGCUUCACUGGCACUUUUCUCAGGAAGGGCCCAUCCAGAACCGGAGAUCCAAGCGUUGCCUAGAGCUGCAGGAAAACAGUGACAAUGAGUUUGGAUUCCAGCUCGUGCUGCAGAAGUGCUCUGGCCAGCACUGGUCCAUCACCAACAUCUUGCAGAGCCUGUCCUCCUGACCAACCCUGCAAAGAGAGGGGAACCUCUCCAUCCCAUCUCCUGCUACUGUGUAGCAAGAGUUACAAGCGUGUUGCCUGCUCUACUGUAUUCUUUUCUUGGGGUUUUCCAUGCGGAAGCUGGGCUUGUGGGCUGAGAAAAGAGACUCAUUUCCUAUUCAAUUUUCAUGGAAUUUAUAGAAAGAUGGUGAAUGGUGGGUGAGGGUAUAAGGUCAUAAACUAUUUUACAACUGUACAUAGGGAACAAAUGGAGACUAUUUAUAACAGACAAUAAAAUGCUAUUGGUUAA